AAGAGAAGACCCGAGAUGGCCACGGCAAUUGAAGGAGCAAUGGAAUGCCUCUUUUACCCCCUCUUUCUUACCCCGUUCGUUCAAUAUAUAAGUGAACCAGCGCGCCGGAACGUGUACCACAGUCAGUCGGCGUUUCGUGUUUUGUGUGUUUCUUUCAUUUUGUUUUAACGGCGGCUGUGUGGCCUCUCGUUCGCACGUGCCCGCGAGAACACGUGGCGCGAGAAACACAUGCUCCUCCGGGAACGCGAGGCGACGCGACGCGCGCCCCUUUCAAGCGCCACGGCCACGCGAUUCGCGUGCGAGAGGAGCCCGUGCGAGAACCUAUCAUUUUCAAUUCCGCCUUUCCCCAAUAAAAUUCUCAUAUCAGAAACACCGCCGUAAAUAUCGUAGGAGGCUAAAUUAGCGCGAGACAAUUACAGAAUUACAGAAUAUUUAAAAUUAAAGAUACCGAGGAUUGUCUGAUCGUUAAUUCGCGGAGCAGAUUGAUGAGGAACAUCGUUACACGUCGAUUACACAUCCCGUUUUUCUGAGCGUGCCUAAUCGCGACAGAUUUUUCACGUGGAGGUAAUUAAAAAAAAGAAGACAAAGACAGAAGUGAUUAGAAAACUUUGUAUCAGUAUUCAAGAAGAAUUAGAAAGAAAGAUGAAGUCAAUCAGAUCUGAUUGGCGGGUGAGUCUCCUGGUAUUGCUAACGGUGACGGUGGCUGCCGGAACGAGACCUGAAACUGUCCUUAGAGACGUUCUCGCGAGGCCUUUUGUUCCACGAGAAAAUGCAUCUCCAGAAUGUCUCCAUGACAGCAAAAUCUAUCUUAAAUCAUUAGAAACUUACACACCCUGGGCACUCAAAAUGUUCGACGCCUCGGUUAAAAUACCAUCGGGCAUAAUCACCGGCAAUUACAAGCAGCUAGGUAAUUUUGAUGAAUGCUUACAAGUGAAGAACGAACACGGAUUCGUUGGUCAGGCUUGCAACACGGCAGUGCAAUUCGAGAUCGCAGCAGACAAUGGUGCACCACGUGAAUUAGAUUUGGGAGAUUUGUUCGUGAACGUCGCGAUUGCAUCGAAUGCAUCAAAAUGGACCUCUGGUACUACGGUAACAUACGAAUGGAUGUUUUGCGUUCCAUCUACUUGCAAUCAUACGGAAAUACAGGAAGCCCUCGAGUUCGCCCUCGAUCCAUUAAAGGUAGACGGGCGAGUAGAGAUAACUAUCAAUGUUACUAAGAAAUCGUGUCACACUGCGGAGACUGUUAAAACAACCUGGGAUAUUUCUGAUUGGUGUUACACAUCGAUUCUUGUACUGUUCGCAAUAAUCAUUAUAGCUUCUACGACAUAUGAGAUUGCAGCCCAACGGUGGGCUAUUACAUCGGAAAAGAGUGGUAUUUUGACAGCAUUUUCUUUAUACAAAAAUGGGAAGGAAUUAAUGCAGACCGAGAGACGUCCAGGAUCUAUUCGCUGUUUAGAUGGCUUGCGUUUCAUUAGUAUAGCUUGGAUUAUUUUCGGUCAUACUUACUACAUGGAGACUGUUACUGUCAAAAUGAACCUUACUCAUAUUCCAUAUAUGCAUUAUGAUUGGAUGAAUAUGCUGGUGCUCAACGGCAACAUCGUUACGGAUACUUUCUUUCUUCUGAGCGGGACUCUGCUCGCUUACACCGAACUGCGGAAGAAGGAACGACGUUCCUCGAAAUGGCGUUUCGACGUGAUAGGACUUUAUAUUCAUCGUUAUAUAAGAUUAACGCCGGCCUACGCAAUGAUGAUCGGCUUUUAUGCCACUCUGUUGUACAAAUUUGGCACAGGCCCGCGCUGGGACACCUGGAUCGGUUCCAAUAGAGACUUCUGCCGCGAGAAGUGGUGGAUCAAUUUGCUCUACCUUAACAAUUACCUCAACGUGUCAGACAUGUGCAUGUCCCAAUCCUGGUAUCUAGCGACCGAUAUGCAAUUUGUUUGGCUGUCGCCGAUUAUAUUGUAUCCUAUGCUCAAAUUAAAGAGUCGAUUUUUCAUCAUUGUUUUGACUAUGUUCUUGAUUGCUUCGGUCCUAGCGCCAUUCAUUACAACUUAUACUCUUCAACUUAUGGGCACCAUGCUUUAUUAUAAAGAACAGAUGGACUUAAAUCAAGUUUUCCUGGAGAUCUAUAUAAAGACAUACAAUAGAUUUGGAUCUUACGUGGUCGGAAUAGGUCUCGGAUAUGUGUUAUAUAAGACACAAUCUUAUCCCGUCAAAUUACGUAUUUGGUCGGUGGUUCUGGGCUGGAUAGUCGCAAUUGUGGCUGGUUUAUCGGUAAUUUUCGGAUCGCGGAACAUGUACUUCGACACUUACGUAUAUAACAGAUUAGAGGCAAGCUUGUACGCAGGUUUACAUCGACAGGUCUUCGCGAUUUCAGUCUCUUGGAUCAUUUUCUGCUGCGUGCAUGGAUACGCAGGUCUCAUCAAUCAUCUACUUUCUUGGCGUGGAUGGAUAUCGCUCAGCAAAUUGACCUACUGUGCUUAUCUUUCUCAUUUUCUGUUCAUAUUAUCAGACGCUGGAGCUGUUCGGACUAGCGGCAAUUUGACAUUGAUGAACGUGACGCGAGCUUUCUUCGCCAAUUUGGUGUUCACAUUGAUAUUAUCUGUGGUAUGGAGUCUCUGCUUCGAGAUGCCCUUCAUAAACAUUUCCAGUAUUAUCUUCGGACGCAAACGAAAUUUAUCGAAGCACUUGGACUGUUCGACGGCAUCUGCCAAAGAGAUUUGUCAGCCAAAAAACGAAUCUUCAGUUACGAGUGAUCCUGUAAAAUACGAUGUUGCCUGUUGCGAUCUAGAAACUGUUGGAGAAAAAGGUGAGAAUGGCAUAAAAUAUGUCAAUGGCAAGGUAGAACAAAGUAUCGAUAAAAUAUACAUUGUUACUCCUAUCAAAUGCGAUGAGACAUGCUCGGCUGUGAAUACUAAUAAUGCAACAACAAAUUCCUAUACCAACGUCGAUUUAUACUAUGGUAUCGAACAGCACGAACGAAUAAAUUCAAAUGAGAAAGAAUCAGAAUCGAUUGAUAUCGAUCUUGUCAACAGUUCAGAGGAAUCAAAGGAAUGCUUGAGGCAUAAUUAAAAAAUUAAAUUUGAUGGAUUUAUAGAUAAAUAAUCCAUAUUCCAUUAUCGAAUAAUCCAUUAGAUUAAUUCAAUUAGAUUUAGUCGAUGAUUAAUUAUUUUAUUAUAUUAUUAUUAUUAUUAUAUUAAUAGUUAUUAUGAGACAAAUUGUGAUAACGUACAUACGUUGAUUAAAUAUAUUCAUUUUUAGUAGGAAAGAAUAAAGCAAGAUUGUAAGA